AUGGGAUCUCUUCAAGAUCAAGUUGUAAUUAUCACUGGUGCCUCAUCGGGGAUUGGGUUGACCACGGCAAAUGCUGCUUUGGCCGAAGGUGCCCGGGUUCUAGGCGUGGAUAUUUCCUCGCCACCGACAUCACUCAAUGAGCAUCCCAAAUUCGCAUUCUGCCAGGGAAAUCUGGUAGAUCCUUGCACACCACAGAGUGUGGUAUUGGCGUGCAAUGAAGCAUUCGGGAGGAGAAUUGAUGCCCUCCUAAACAUUGCUGGCAUUAUGGAUCAUAACCAGAGCGCAGAUUCAGUGGUGGACAGCGUGUGGGAUCGAUGCAUUGCUGUGAACCUCACUGCUCCUGUCAGAUUGAUGCGUGAGGUGCUCCCCAUCAUGCGCGAGCAGAAGUCUGGCAGCAUUGUGAACGUUGCCAGCAAGGCUGCGCUGAGCGGCGCAGUCUCGGGCGUAGCCUACACAGCGAGUAAGCACGGCCUUAUUGGGGUGACCAAGAAUGUAGCUUGGCGGUUCAAGCAUGAAGGCAUUCGUUGCAACGCUAUAUGUCCCGGUGGUGUCAGCAAUGAUACAGGCAUCCUGAAAGACCUGGAUAUCAACGCAUUUGACAGAGAUGCCCUGGCUGUCAUGUCGCCAAUACAUGCGGCACAUUCCUCGGACAAGGAAAAAGGAUAUGCUAUUACGCCAGAGGACGUUGCUAGUUCCCUGCUGUUCUUGAUUUCUCCGGCUAGUCGAAGAAUCAAUGGCGCUGUGAUUCCCAUUGACAAUGCCUGGUCAACUAUUUGA